AUGGACGAGACUUGUGAGAACAUAAGAACAUUCAAGACUCAAGUGUUGAACGCAGACAGAACAACUUUGUUGUGCCCUUGCCAGAAUGCCUUGAAAGUAAGUGAGAAAAUCAACACAAGCGAUGAUAUUUUUAAGGUCACUAAAGCUGAUGAUCAAGUUGGACUGUCCAAGGAUGACCAGAAGUUCCUUCAAAUCAUGGACAAUACAAUAGACAUGAGAGAUGGUCAUUGGACAGCUCCGUUGCCACUAAAGAAUCCCAGAGAAAAGCUCCCAAAUAACAAGCUAAGUGUUUAUAAGAGAGCUACCAGCCUACGGGCUUCACUACAGAAAAAUCCAGUGAAACAAGAGCAAAUGCACAAGUUAAUGCAACAGAUACGUGAUUCUGGCGCAGCAGAAGAGGCCCCACCACUGAAUGAAGACACAGAACGCUGGUAUCUACCUUUCUUUGGGGUAUAUCACCCGCGCAAGCCAAACAAGGUCCGAGGAGUGUUUGAUUCAUCUGCAGUAUUUGAUGGAAAUUCACCGAACAACAUUCUCUUGACUGGACCAAACUGCACGAAUAGUCUGCUUGGUGUACUUCUGCGUUUCAGACGUAAUGCUGUUGCUGUCAUGUGCGACGUGCAGCAGAUGUUCUAUUGCUUCAAGGUCAACAAGGAACACCGUGAUUUGCUUCGUUUCUUUUGGCACAAAGACAACAAUCCAAAGAAAGAGCUUAUAGAAUACCGAAUGACGGUUCAUGUCUUUGGGAACAGCCCUUCGCCAGCUGUAGCCACCUACUGCCUCAGAAAAGCUGUCGAGACUGCAGAUGAAGAUGUGAGAACCUUUGUAAACAGGGACUUCUAUGUAGACGAUGCCUUGACAUCACAUUUAAAGGAAGAAGAAGCCAUUGACUUGAUUAAAAGAACGCAAGAAACAUUGAGUAGCAGUAUUAGACUGUAUAAGAUAGCCUCUAAUUCUAGAGUCGUGAUAAGCAGUUUCCCAGUAGAAGACCUCGCAAUUGACAUGACAUCCUUUGACAUCUCUACAGAUGAAAUGCCCGAUCAGGCUAGUCUAGGUUUGAAAUGGAAUAACAAUGGCGAUACAUUUGAGUUCAAGAUCAACAUUGCUGAAAGACCAUUCUCAAGACGAGGAGUAGUUGCCACAGUAAACAGUAUUUUUGACCCGCUAGGAUUUCUUGCGCCUGUGACAAUAGAAGGAAAAAUCUUGGUACGGGAAAUCAUGAAUGAGGCCACAUCAUCAGAUUGGGAUUAG